ACGGCAACAUUUGGACAACGAAUGCGGCUGCAGGAAAUAUAAAGAGGUGCUGAAGUCGAGCAUUUGCGAUACAUACUUCUGAGACAAUGAAGUUUUCAUUGAUCGUAUUGAGCCUACUGGCUCCGUCUUUUGCUGCGCCGAAUUCUCUCAGGCUAUGGUCCAGAAGACAGGACCGUAUAAUCGGGGGUACCGAAACCACCAUAACGGAGUACCCCUGGCAGCUGUCUCUCCUCCUCGAAGGGUCCCACAGGUGCGGAGCUUCUAUCAUCAGCUCCAACUGGGCGUUGACGGCUGCCCACUGCAUCGAUGGUGUCCCGGCAUCUCUGUUGACUGUGCGUGCCGGCUCCUCGUACAGAAACAGUGGUGGGACUGUGCUCGAUGUAGCACAGGCUAUCAAAAACAAAUUGUUCUACAGCCCGGCUGGCGACUAUGACAUUGCGGUGGUGCAGCCCGCUGAGCCAUUCCCGCUGGGGUCUGAUGUGCAGCCCGUGGGCCUUCCAGACGCCGGAUAUGAUCCUCCAACGGGCCUGGCCGUUACUGUGACGGGCUGGGGACUGAUAGGGACCGGUGGAAGCUAUGCAAACACACUGCUGAAGGUGGACAUUAAUAUUGUCGAUCGCUCUACUUGCCAGGAAAACAUUGGUACCCUCAUAACGAAGCGGAUGGUGUGCGCCGGCGAGGCAGGCAAGUCUGUCUGCAAUGGGGACUCGGGAGGUCCACUCGUCAGUGGUACCACACAGGUGGGCAUCGUGUCCUGGGGAGGCUUCACAUGCGAAGGCUAUGGCUCAGUUUAUACAAACAUUGGAGAACUACGUUCGUGGGUCACCAAUACUACAGGAAUUUAACAGGAAGGACAGUUCCGCCACUGAUUUUCCAGCUGUGGUAAACAACAAAUGAGACAUGUACUGUACUAUACGAGUAUGUUACUCUUUUAUUCAUAUUCGAAUUGGUCGUUUUGUAUUGCCAUUAGUUGUAUUAUUCCCAAUGUGAAAUGUUAUAAUUUCCUUUCUAUCUGAAAUAAAUUCGUAGUUCUCUGCAUA